UGUCAGGGUGAGGAGUGGUGGGGGUGAAACCCGUGCCAGCGAUGGCGCCCGACCGCCUGCGCUGCGAGCCCGGACCGCCCUGACCUGGACGGGGCCAGAGAUGUCCAACAGCACGCAGUGGGCCUCAGCAGCCGAAGCCAACCCGCAGCCACAGCCAGAGCCGGAGCAGCAACAACAGAAGCAGCAGCAGCAGGCGCCCGAAUGCCGAGGCGAGCCGACCCCACCGGCAACAGCCGAGUCGCCGACGGCAGCGCCAACGGGCGUCGACGACCUCCAACAACCACCGCUGACCACGCCCCCACCGACGCUGGCAGAACCGGAAGCGGAAGUGACGAGGGAGCCGAGGACCACCGAAGCCGAGUCGACGCGGCCCGACGCGUCGGUGAGGCUACAGCCGCCGCCGAGCGCUGCUUCCGCGGAGUCGGCGCAUGCGCAGUCCUCUUCGAAGAAGCCGUCGCCGGCAUCUUCCGUCGCUUCGGCGGCAGCCACCACCGCCGUCGUUGUUCCAGACACCAAGUGCGAGGUGGAGAGGAGCCCAUCGUGGGCGGGACCAAGUCAUGUCGGUGUCUCGGUGUUCGAGCCGCCAGGAGGGGGAGACUCGGGCCGGGUGUGUGGGAACCUGCAGAACAACAACAACGGUGGGUCGCCUCCCCAGGAGACAUCUGGGACAACCCCUGCACGCGAUAAGCAGUCCAAGACUUGUUGCUUCUGCUGGUGCUGUUGCUGUAGUUGUUCUUGGAGAGGAUCGAGGCCAGUCUAUGCAAGCUUGCAGAAACCCGUCAAGCUUUCAAGCCUGGCCCUCAAAAGCAACAAUGGCAACGUUAGGUCACCACGGGACAACAACCAGAGGCUAACCACGGGUGACAGCAUCUUUAAUGGAGACGGCGAGCCACCCCCUACGUUAGAAGAAAUUCGGACAUGGGGAGACUCAUUUGAGAAGCUCAUGAAGUGUUCAGCUGGUCGCAAGGUGUUUAGGGACUUCUUGAAGUGUGAGUACAGUGAAGAAAACAUUCUGUUCUGGCUGGCUUGCGAGGACCUCAAGAAGGAGUCAAACCCGGAGCUGAUUGAGGAGAAAGCUCGCGCCAUCUAUGAAGACUACAUUUCCAUCCUGUCCCCUAAGGAGGUGAGCCUGGACUCUCGCGUGCGGGAGAUCAUCAACCGAAACAUGGUGGAGCCCACGCCGCACACCUUCGAUGAGGCACAGCUGCAGAUCUACACCCUCAUGCACCGCGAUUCGUACCCGCGGUUCGUCAACUCCCCGCUGUUCCGAAAGCUGGCCCAGCUGCCUUCCCCCUCGCGCAAGGGCAGUGCUGCCUGAAGCCGCCGCGCCCCGUCAUCCGCCGCUGCCACACGCCCCUCUCUUCACCGAGGCUGAAGACAACUCGUGGGGGGACACACCCUCUCAGCUCAACAAGCUCAAUGGCGCGAGGCGGUCACCACGCGUACCUGAACACAAACUGCUACUAGCUCCCCUUUCUCUACAGCCUUCUUCGUUGUCCCGAGCUUCGUGCUGUUACACUUCUUCACCUCUGUAAUGAAGAGGGCGUCAUCAUCACUUGCCCGGACCAGAACAACAGAAGCAGCAGCAGCAUCAACAGCAGUAGCAAAUGCUACGACUACUCAAUGCAGCAUGCCCCCGAAUGCUCGGAAGAGACCACCUGCCGCCCUCUCUUGGGUUUCGUUCUGCCAGCAAUAAGGCUUCUUCAUCUUCCCGACAUCACUCCUCCCAUUUCGUACAACGGGCUCUGCUUGAGCGCUUUUGUGUAAAACCCCCAUCGCCCCUUCGCUCUCGUUUCCCCACUUUCAUCGCUGCCUGGACACGGUUUUGUUGGCUGCCACACGGCAAGGUGCUGCUCGCUUCCCAAGCCUGGAAAUCGGCAAACAGGCGAGCAAGCAAGCCACGAUAUCCAGCCGAUGAGACAUGCGAAGGAUGCAUCGCCCCCCUCCCGAGCCACAACAGAGGCUGCCAUCUUCCAAGAGUCGGUGGCACCGGCGCACUGCGCGCGCUCGUGCCGUUUCCACAAGUGCAUAUCAUUUGCCGACGUGUUGGCAACGAUUGAACACAAGGGGACUGUGCUCGAGUGUAGUAACCUAGCCUCUGGCAGAACUGGAGACCUGCCUGCGUUUUCUCUUGUUUUCCUCUCCUCGACUGCAACAGGCAUGCUGGGCAGGACAAUUUGGACAAUGGGGAGAGAGCACUACGGCGUUUUUAAAUUCCGCUGCGCACAGUUUUAUGUGUGCCAGCGUCUGGCAGGCUUGGCUUUCAGACAAAUGCUUGUGCCCGCUCCUUGCCUUCCCAUCCCCUUUUUUGCACUUUGAACGAUCGCUCUCGAUGCGAUAUUCCUUACCCUCUUACAGUUCCUUCUUGGGUUUUAGCCGCCAGCCUCCCUUUUCCGGAGGAAUAUGGUUAUGGUCAGAACCCAUGCCUUCUUCGGUUACCUUUGUGUUUCCUGCACAAGGUUUUGAUGGGACAGGUUGUUGUAGUGUGGUGUCUGGUGUGUGCAGUGACGUUUUUGUGUUUGUUUGCUCGUUUUUUUACCAUCUCUCAUACCGUAUCAUUUUUUUUUCUCCAAAAACCUUUGGCACGUGACGGCGCCCCCUCAGGUUGGUCUUUUGGGCCACCCGCCGCUUAUUGUUGAGUUUUCUCAGACAGAGGACUGUGCGUUUAAAUGUUCCAUGCGUGUGUGUGUGUGUCUGUGUGUGCUGCAUUGUUUUUUGCAGUACAAGAGAGACGGUGGCAUGCUGCCCCAUGCUAGGCAUGCCAUGCUAAAACCGAUCCCCCUUCCUCCCUGCCUCGGCCAUUUCGUGUUGUUUCUAAUGCGGGACUGGCAUGCACAGCGCUUUUUGUGCGCUAGGAACUCUUUGGCAGGCUGUCUCUCGCACACAUCUGGUGGGGAGUAGGGGAAGAAACGUUUUCAGACAGGGCAUGUUGUAAGCACACCUUUGUACGUUGCCCGAUGAUUUGAGGUAGAAAGACUCGCAGGGCUCAGUGAACCGAGGCUCAGCUCCCAACCUACCCCAUCCUGCCGCCCAACUCACACUGAAGCAUUUCGAACAUUGUACACUGCCCCCUCCUUCCCACACUUUGCUCAGGCUUUGCAGUUACCACCUAUCUUCAUGCAAAUGACCAAUUUAUGAUGAAGACCGUUCGACCAGCAAGUUGCAUAGCUGUCGGCCUUUUUCAGUCUGUCUGUUUCUUUUAAUGGUUUUGCAGAGGAGGAUACAUUUGCGGUUCUUUCCAACGAAUGAGUGGUGAAUGAGACCAGUAGGUGAUGCUGCGUCUUAAUUAGACGUCUGCUGCAAACGACACAGUGGUGGGACACAACACGAUGCAAGACGGUGCCUGUCGACCAAGUUCACUUUCAUAGGCAGAAGCCAGGGGUAUCAGCACAUUUUGUUCUCGUCACACACUCUCUGCCAGUACGGAAACAAAACAUCUUGUGUUCUUCGACACAACACUUCUUGCGAGAGCACCUAGUCAGAACCUCACCCACUGCUAUCUGUAGUACCGUUCUUCUGCUGAAGAGCCCCACUGGUGGGGCUUUUCCCUGUUGCAAGCAUACACGACCAAAGUACUAGUUUCAAACACUAAUUGUGUGCAUGCCCUCUUUCAUGUUUGCAGAUUGCACAUGCGUAUGCCAAAACUACUAAUGGGACAAAUGACGAGCAGUUUUUCACGAGUGUAGGGACAGACGAAAAGGACUCGAUAUGAGUUCCAACUUCAACGAACAGUUUAUUCGAAAUGGGAAGGUGCAUGUCUGUGCAUACAUACGUACACGUACCAUCACACUUGCUUUGAGUAUUCUCCCAGUGCACAUACAUUGAUGUUUGUGCAUCCAUUGCCGAUAAACAAAUCCGGUGAGGUUAGCACUUGUGUUAUGCUCAAUCUCGCAGUGCUGUGGCUGCAAACCUGUCAUACUAUCAAGUGCCGCGCGUCUACUUUUAUCACCAUAAGCGUGCACUAGGGGAAGUCGGGAGAGACAGCAGCUCCCCCCAUCCCCCCCCCCAGUUGAGUCCAAGAAGAACUAACGUUCGUGACAGAUGCAAAAAAUGAAAAGUGAAGUGACGACACGCUUCUCACAAUGCCCUUGCCUUUGGUCACCAGCUUUCUGGGGGAUAAAAGUGGGAAUCAGACAUUCCUUGAAAUACGUCGUGAAUCCUCGGCCGUUAUUUUUGUCAAAAACUUGCACGGCUACGAUCCUUCAUCUUUAAGCAACAAUGGGACAGGUGUGACUGAGAGAAGGUAUUGGGCACACUUGGUCAUACCUUGGUCAAACUCCCUUAAAUACACUCGGUCAUACUUUCUUAAUUAACUAGAGGAGCUCCCCCCCCCCCACUUCCUGUGCACUCAAUUAGGCUUAUUGCAAAGUAAAACUGGGCAUGCAUACGUGUACAAAGUACGACGUCUAACUGCUCAUACAUCUCUAGUGCUUUUCUUACCUGGAAGUAAGUUGAGUCGAUAGGCGCGCAUCUUGCUGCGAUUCACGUUCCUCACAGCACUCACUGCUUUGCUAAUCAAAAGCACUUGCGCUUGGCCUCUUCCGCUUUCUCGCGUAAGCACCCAAAAAGUACACGCAGAGGCAUCUGGUUUCCUUCGCCCGCGGUGGGAGUGAAGCGUUUUCGACAAAUGCAGUGCUUCGCUUUGUUGUGGCAUCUACGUUGUCGUUCUAAAGCAUUCGGGUACGUGCAGUUGAAGUAUAUCGGUCCGCAGGUCGUUGUUUGAUUGCUCCACGAGGAAAACAUCAAAACGAGUUCCUUCAUCGGUGAAAGCACAGGCUGAGAUUUUCAUUACCUUGCUCAUAUCUACGACGAAAUUAGAUUGUGGCAUAUUGUCAAAAGUUUAUAGUUUACAGGCAACCACUUUGAUGAUUGUCGUGCCUUUCAAAUUUUGUCAGUUUCUUUUUAAGAAACAGUAGGAACAUGAAAAGGUUAAUUUGAGUUAUAUUGUAGUUUACUCUCUAUUCUUUAAAACACUAUAUACGCUGCAAGAAAAGUUGGCCAGUAUUUCUGGAAGCUAAGCUUUUACGUUACUGGUCGCUUUAGGCGAUCAGUAAUGACCGUGUAAACCACUAUAAUGCAAAUUCAUUUACAGAAAACAAAGCCUCCAGAACAAAACUUAGAGCUGUUGAGUGGUUGUGAAACUUUACAAAUCAUUUCUGCCCCCGGACCCAAAGAUCAGUAUUCUAUACAGGAUCUGUGCUGAAACGCACACAUUUCGAAACCCUCCCCAGCUGACUGUAAUUUGUUUGCAGUGGUUACAUCAAGCCUAUGGUUUCUAAGCUUGCUUGCUUGAACUUUAUGUGGAAAGCUUUUUCCGAAUUUGCUUCUAUCACUGUUUUGUGUAUGUUGGAAGUAGCAUCGCUCCAAAAAUUUUCAGCCACAUUGUGCGCACCCCUGAUAUAAAGGAAAACUGAUAAAUUUCUUACAAAUGGCUGGCAUGACAAAUUUAAAAAUUCACAUUUACUAAACAUGGUGCCCACACAUUGACCAUGCAUUUCAGCAGCUCGGCAUCCACACCUGCCACAGAAGUUCUCUUCUUUCUGGUUACAUUAAUUGCGUUUAAUGGCCAUUGCAACAAUGACUGGUAAAUAAUUGAAAUUCAAGGCUUUUGCAGUUCAGAGCUCUGCCUUGUUAUGUGCCAGCGCUUCUAUUUCUGUAUUAUUUUUCAGCAUAAUGCAUGUGGCCCCCAGGUAAAACUCAUUUGAAGAAACGCUGUUGAAUUGCAAUGAUUUGAAGUUACAGUUUAGUCGGGAAACUUGGGAUAUAUUACUUUGUCUGCUGCCUUUUGAGUGCACUUUGAAGGAGCUUCAUUAAGGUAGUACUUUUGUUAAUUAAAACAUUCAGGCAUCUGUAAAACAUUACAUGUGGUUUCAAGUACCCGAUGACAUGGCAUUUCAAAGUAUUAAUGGCAAAAGCAAUGCACCCAUAUUUGAUUCAUUAGUGUAGGUUCACAGAUGCCACUAUACGACUACACAGAGAAAUCAAAUACUCCUCCAUGCCACCGAUACUCACAGAAAGCAUUCGUUUAAGCUUUCUUCACUGCAUUGCUUUUUCUUACAAAAUCUUCAUUAGCUCUUAAGCCCCAACAAACUUCUCAUUCAGAGAUCUGCAUGGCGACACACAAAAACAGUCUUAGCAUGCACACAUAUGUUCAACUUAGGUCUGUUCAGCACGAACUUAGUUCUGUUCCGAGCAAUGCUUAAAUCAACUUCAAAUAAUUCAAGCCUCGCUUCAUCUAUGGCACCUGGGAGUUUUAAUUAACAUGAGUCAGCUGUAUCCUAUUCACGCACGUACUUUCGUAACAUUUCACACGCCUAACAACGCUCACACAACUGUAGGCUGGCCUGGUUUCUUCUUCCCGUUCCUCUCAUGAUGAAAGUUAUGUAAUCACAAUUUUCUCAACGUUUCGGUGUGUCUGUAUUGCUCUUUUCUAUGCUUUUUUCUUUUUUUGUUAUUGUUGUUAGCAAGGUGCUAGUUAAGCAAAAUUUCUGUUUUUUUUUUUUUUCUUUUUCCUACGGAGCGAUGCAGGUACUGUCUCGGUAGGCUUCUGUUGUUUUGCUUGCGAGAGCAGGAUUAUCUAGUCAAGCAACUCUAUGCCCCCAUAGCAACUGUCGUGCAGGCACUUUUGCCUUUUGAGAAGAGCUAUGACAUUCCUCCGAGUUCCCGGAAGUGAGACAAGUCAAAGGAACCACUGUGAAAAGACACAAAGGCCUCAGUUUGUUCACAAGGCUCUUCACAACCUCCUCCAUCGCCCACCUUUCUGUAACAAUGACGGGAACUGAUGUUUAUAUGUUUGUUUGUUUUGUCGCACGCAUACAUUGGCCUUUACUUAAAACUGUGUUCUCAAGCGUGGCUUGUACAACUUGGAAGCCGAACUUUGGCGCCAACAAACGUAUUGUAGCGCUUAUGGUAUGCACAGGUGUUGUGGCUUACGUUGUUUUUAUUAUUUUUUUUCUUUAACCAUCACAUUUGAGGUCAUCUGAACCAAACCGUUAACCUCGCUGUCAAGAGUCGACAGAAAGACUGCUACCAAAUGUGUGCCGGAUUUCUCGUUUCGUUCCAUCACUGUUCCAAUGCACGAUGCCAUGUUCACGUCACCGCUGUUGCUGUAAGAAUGGCAUCGGGUGUCAGUUAUGUUCUGGCAAUGUGUGACCGGAAUUCGGGCUUCUUUGUAUCUUGCUUGUGAAUGUCUCUCUCUCACACUGCAGGGCUAGUUUUAAAAAAAGAAGAAAUAACCAGAAUAGCAAGACUGUAUAUAUGAGAAUAUGCAGGGAGCACACUGAACAAUACAGGCAUAAAAGUGGUAUGUUACAGUAGGUUAGCUAUGCCGGGCACAGUGCAGAAUAAACUCCUAUAUGUGCUCCUGUUACAACCAACUUUCAAGGGACCUUUUUACAGAUGCUGUUUUCUCAUGUCUAGUCACCACGUGGAGCUUCCAAAUGGUUAAGGAAGUUGCAGGACUUCAUCCUUUAAAUGUUAAUGACGCACACCAUGGUGGGGAAAGCCAUCACAAAGCCUCUCACACAGGUCGUCGUGCAAAGGCCUAUGCAAACCUGCCUUGAUUAGGCAAGGCACUGGAGGGCACGAUGCAGGUGACCUGGCAGAAAGUGCUAUGUAGUGUUCUGCUCAGCUGUUUAUUAAAAAUGCAGUGACCUGCACAAUUAAAAGCCUUCAGGUGUAUUUCUUCACCAUUCCAUAGACCUUUGAUGAAAAGUUGUUCAGGCUAUUAUUAUGCCUCACCAAUGUUUCCUCACGAUGAAAGCUUUACAAAGGCCUUAGUGACAACAUGAGAAGCCUUCAAGGGGUUUGCAGGCCCCCGUAUUGCAAUCGAUUAGUGUGAGAAGACACAUUCGGAGUAUAACUUUGCACCGUGACCAGCUGGUCCAACAAAACAAUGCUGUGUAAGGCUGUUGCUUGGUGAUGCAACAUGCUUACUACUUGUGGUGUUUCUAAACGGCGGAGGUCAAAAAAACUAAGGGUUCCAACCUUAAUGGGCAUUGAAGCACUGGGUGUAUAAAAAAGUCAUCAUUGCUUACAAAUUUCACACAGGUUCUGGUGAAUUUUACUAGCACCUUCUGUUAGCAUGUCUGCAACAGAGUUGCGCAAGCACGUAUAGAGGAUGGAGAACCUCUUCGCAGCAUUGUCCGUUUCAGCCAGAAAUCGUUUUUACAGUGCUGAGGUCGCAGAUAACGUUAUUUAGCAUGUUUUAGUUUUGGCCGGGGAAAAAAAAGGGGAAAGGACUACAGGAGGUGACUAACGACAAGUUGUAGGUCGCAUCUUUUUUUCCCCAUGAUGCCACUUGUAACCACACCCUAACUUAUAAGCUAAAACAAAAACAAAAAAACUCAACCAGAGUGGUAUGGCAUGUCCAUUGUGUGUGGCGUCAAGAAUGUGAUAGGGUCGCCCAACCUAUGCUGACGGAAAUUAAGUUGUGUACGGUUACGAUUCCAUGCUCACAGUGUCUAGAGAGGCACUGGAACUAGUGAUUGCACUUCCCUCGCCAUUUGGAAGCCUCUCCGUUUUAUUUGCUCUUGUUUUACUCUCUGGUCAAUGAGCUUUCCACUUUUUAUGUUACAGUUAUAGCUACCUCCUGCUCAAUCAAGCAGGUAAAAGGAUCAAGUCUUUUACAGAGAUUGUGUCUUUUUGGCACCUCACGCGACCGUCAUAGUUGCCGAAGCCCCGGUAGUCAACGGGCACUGUGUGAAACUUCAAAGGGCUGGCCGAAAGAACGGUCUCGCCGCACUGCAUUCGAUAAAUAUGCUCGCGUAGGCUUAGGUUAAAAAAAAAAAGGACACACCGCUUCUCAUGAGGCUUGUCUCUGCAAAAAAAAAUGGAAACCAAACAAUAGUCCCUCGCAGCAGUAUUGCAACUGUGUACUGGCGGUUCUCAACGAAGCGCUUGGCGUUGUUGCGAAGAAAACCCCCAGCGUAUUGAAAAAUCCAAAGGAUGUUAAUAAAUGUUCCUUACAAUGGUUUUUCCUACACG